AGAAUCAAUAGUUUGAAAAGUUAGCGUUGUACAAGCACAGAAAGAAUAGUGGAAUUUAGGCAUUAAAUACCCAUCAAGCUUUUGCAUCUCUGAAAUCAUUCUGAGAAUGGCUUCCAUCUCUCUUUCCGGUUUCACUCUGGUAUUUUCAUUUCUCAGCAACCCAUCCACACAGAAAGCCAGGACUUCUCAAUACAUGUAUACAAAGAUCUAAGUAAUAUGCCAGUAAUGAGCUUAAGACGUUUGCUCAUGUAUUUAAUACUUUGCAAGGCUUCACCCACUCAACAAUCUACUGUGUGGCGCAGAAGCAAUCAUCACCCCAACUUGUGGGAAGAUGAUUUCAUAGACUCCCUUCCAAAAGCUUACAACGCUCCUUGUUAUGUAGACCGUGCAGAGAAACUGAUUAGGGAAGUGAAGGAGAUGUUCAAUGGAAUGUCAACUCAUAAUUCUUCUGCCCAGCAACACCUUUCCAUGGUGGACAACGUUGAACGCCUUGGAAUAGAUCGGCAUAUCCAAAAGGAAUUCUAGAACAGAUCCAUCAUCAGGAGAGUCAAAGAAAUCAUAUUAUAAUUUAUUUAUUUUGCUUUCUUUAUUGUGAUGAUGAAUCUGUUUUAAGAAAUAAAUCAGUAAACAUAAUCUAAGGGCUUCCUUUAUUUUGUUUUGAGAAUAUUGAUCUAUUCUAAAAUAUGAUCUGAUAUAUUGAUGCAAAAAUCUUGAAUACAAUUAAAUUCAGAAACAGCAUUCUUUUUAUGGAAAUCUCUUUAUCAUAAACUUCUUGACAAAGACAUAAAAGAGGCACUUUGAAUUCUUCGCUGU